AACUGUAGAUGCAUUCGGCAUCUCAUAAGUGACAUGUCCAUCAGGCAUCCGAAUGCAAUUCCCAAAAUUGAGUCAUAAUCACAACAUAUAAACCAUAAUCCUCCCCCGUGAUUCGGUAUCUCCCCCGUUCGAAUUUCCGUGGAUCCAUUGAAAAAUGGAGCAAGCUCGGUUUGCUCCACCAACGACAAAAUUUUAAAGCUUGUGAUGAUUCAAAUUCAGACCGACAAAGAUUUCGUGUGAUGGAGCUGCAGCUGCCCAAAUAGUUAUGUAGAUCGGAUUUUGAUGAGUCAGAUAGGGUCUUUAAAACCUGGAUUUCCGGUUAUUUGUCUCAAUCGUCCAAGACAGUUUCAUCAUGGCAGCGACUACCUCCGAAAAUCAUCUGUUGCGGCCUCUUCCUCCAACGGAAAAUCCGAGUCCUACCACACCAGGAACUCCAGCGGACAAUCAACUCGAGUAUUUUGAUCCGAGUAAUGUGGCCACGCAGGAGGAUAUUCCGCCAGAUGGGGGUUAUGGCUGGGUCUGCACCAUUUGUGUAUUCCUCAUCAAUGCGCACACCUGGGGUGUGAACAGUGCAUGGGGUGUCUUUCUCGAUCACUAUCUCUCUGAAUCGACCUUUCCCGGCGCAACUGAACUGCAAUACGCCUUGAUCGGUGGAUUGUCCAUCUCGCAGUCUCUCCUGGUUUCACCGCUCGUUGCCAUAUCAACCCGCAAGCUGGGCACUCGGAUCACCCUCCUCAUCGGAGCUUUUGUCGUGUGUGCUUCGUUGCUGGGCGCAUCGUUCGCAUCGCAAAUCUGGCAUCUUUUCCUCAGCCAGGGCCUUUGUUUCGGAUAUGGAAUGGGGUUUUUGUACGUCCCUGCGACGGCGAUUCUCCCGCAGUGGUUUUCCAAACGACGAAGUCUGGUGCUGGGGAUAGGGUCCGCUGGAGCCGGUAUCGGUGGAUUAGCAUACAAUUUGGGUUCUGGUGCUGCAAUUGAGUCUCUUGGUUUGCAGUGGACUUACCGGCUUCUGGCGCUCUGUACGUUGGUGAUGAACUUUAUCUGUUCGAUUCUGCUCAAGGAUCGCAAUACAGUCGUCAAACCGAAAGACAAGGCAUUUGAUUACCGCGAAUACGGACGUGUUCAGGUCCUCCUCGUGGUAAGUUGGGGAUUUCUCACCGAACUGGGAUUCAUCGUCCUGCUCUAUUCCCUGCCUAACUAUGCGACCUCGAUUGGCCUCACUGCCCGUCAAGGAUCGGUGGUUAGCGCGCUUCUCAAUUUGGGCCUUACCAUCGGCCGACCAUUGAUAGGCUAUUACUCUGAUAUCGUUGGCCGAAUCAACAUGGCUACCCUGAUGACAACCGUAUGCGGUGUCCUCUGUCUCGCCGUCUGGGUUCCUGCAAAGUCAUACCCCGUUCUGCUGAUAUUCGCCCUCCUCAGCGGCUGCGUAACAGGAACCUUCUGGACAUGUGCAGCCCCAGUGCUAGCAGAGGUAGUCGGCAUGCAACGACUCCCUUCCGCGUGGGGGAUGAUUUGUUUCUCGCUGGUUCUGCCCACGACCUUUGCGGAGCCGAUUGCGCUGCAGAUGGCUUCGACGUCGGGAUAUCUCGCUUCGCAGAUUUUCGUGGGUUGUAUGUUCCUCGGUGGUGCGGCUAGUACGUGGGCUUUGAGGUCGUGGAAGAUUCACGAGAUUGAAGAAAAGGCGCGCAUCGAGCGUGAGGAACCGGCGCGUAAGGACUUUUGGUUGACGCCUCGUCGGUUGUUUGUGUCGCAGCGCGUUUAAUGGGGCUUGUUUACUGAGAUAUCUAAUAUUUCAAUACUCUGACUUUCAGAUAUCAAAAUAAAAAAAUAAAUAAUAGUUUCUAUAAAUAAACAAAAAAAAAUCACGUCAUAUCAGAUCCGAACCAAAGCACGUCCAUAUCGA